AUGGCACCAAGAUGGAAAGGAAAAGAUGCAAAAUCGAAAAAGGAUGCAGAAGCCGAGGCACUUAAAGAACCCAUGUCAAAGAUUAUAUCGCAACUUCAGUCUUCUUUAGUUCAAUCAAAUGCAUCUGGAUUUCUCUCUGAUAAUUGUGUACACUUAGCAGUGCAAGCUGAACAGCUUGACCUACUUGAUAAAGCAUGCUUUGGUCGGCCUGUGAGAAACGUUGAAAAGGACACGUACUGGUUUCAAUUAACCUUGGAGGAAGCAUUUUACCUAUGUUAUUCCUUGAAAUGCCUUAAGAUUAAUGUCGGUGCUGAGUCUGGUGAUUCAAAUGAUGAUGAGCUGUGGCAUUACUGCAAAUCCAAGAAUAAAGCAUUCCCUUUCUUCUACAAGGCAUAUUCUCACCUUCGAAUGAAAAACUGGGUAGUAAGGUCAGGGGCUUAG